GUCCGCCCACUUUGGAGAAUACCUCAAAUACGCAUUUUUAGUAUGAUCUCCCAAAAGGACUUUGGGGUUGUAGUACUAAAAGCACCCACCCCCUUCCUGAGUAGGCCAACGUGGACUAUGAACGAUUACUAGACCACGGAAUAUCGUGAAGGAAUUUCCCAUAGGAACGAACUUCUUUUCUGCAAAAGUCAUGGCGGAGACAGAGCAAAUGCCAUUUCUGAAAGAAUUCCUUCUGACUUUCUUCAUGCCAGAGAAGUGUUACGACGAAUUUUUUCUUCACUUCAACUUUUCUCAUGGGCCAUGUUUGAGGAUCGCCCUGAGUAAAGUCAUGGGUCUUUGGAUCAUGGUGGGCACUGUUUUUGCUCAGCUGCCCCAGAUCUGGAAGGUUCUGAGGGCAGGACGUGCAGAGGGACUGAGUCUGGCCUCCGCGGUGCUCAGCCUCUAUUCCAUCUCUGGCUAUGUGCUAUACUGUAUAGCCCAAGGCUUCCCUAUCGGAGCCUGGGGAGAGAGCCUGUUUAUACUGACCCAGGUCAUGUUCCUCAGUUUCCUCAUUCUGCAUUAUAAUGGACAAACAGUGAGAGGCUUAUUGUUCCUUGUGGUCUAUAGCACCUUGAUGUACCUCCUGACAUCCCCAUUGGUUCCCAGGAAAGCCUUAUCUCUAAUGCAGGAGUCGGGUGUGCUGGCCACCAUUGCUAGCAGGCUCAUCCAGAUAGGCUGUAAUUACCUGAGCAAGCACACAGGCCAGCUCUCCACGGUGUCCCUCUGCCUGGUGCUCUUUGGCUCGCUGGCACGCAUCUUCGUCUCUCUGCAGGAAACUGGACACUCGCUGUUCACUCUGACCCAUGUUCUGGCAUGUUUAUGCAGCGCCGUCUUGGUGGCCCAGAUGUUUCAGUACCGGAAUGCCGCCCGCCCUGGAAAAGACAAAGCUGAGUAGAUGUUACCGGUAACUCCAUAAUGGCUGAAGUCACCCAACCCUCAUACCUCAGUCCAACCCAAACACUGCUCUUAUUGCAUUCCAAAGGACGUCACCUUAGUAGCAGUGUUAUUAAGCCAGUACGUGGUACAGUCCAAGCCAUGACAAUGUGAGUUUUAUUGGACCCCACCCUGCAUGUGAAAAUCUCAGAGCAGCAUGAGCAGUCCAAUGUUUUUCUUUUUUUCUUCAGUAGAAUCAGUUACUGGUAAAACUGUAUUUAACAUUAUUCUUAAUAGGAAAUAAGAAUAAUGUUAAAUGUAUUGCAUCUCAGGGAAUAGCUAGUCUCUGUUGGGGGGGGG